AUAGAAAGUUCCUGCCCACUAGUGUGUCGCUUUUUGUGUUCCGGCAGUUAAACCGCUUCAACUAAGCGGCAGCUUGAGCGGUAUUAAGUUAUGAAACAGUUAAGAGCUGUGUGUAUCACGUUGAUGGUGGAGAAACAUAGUUGAUAGAAAGCUGCGGUUUUAUUAUUUAAGGAGUUUAUUAUCUUUGAUGUACUUUUGCCAUUUGCUUAUUGUCACUAGAAACAAUUGAGUAUAAUGGACGAACAGAGUAUUCAGAAUGACUACACGUUUCGGGGUGUAGAGUACACUGUGCGGAUGACUGUCUGUGGAGAGCUGUUGGAAGUGGAAGUGGAAGACAAAAUCACUUCUGAUCAAUGGAGGGGAGAGUUUGAUUCUGCUUUUAUAGAGGAUGUAACUCACAAAACAGGAAACUUCAAACAGUUUUCCAUCUUCUGCAAUAUGCUGGAGUCUGCUAUCAAUAAGAUAAGUGAAUCUGUCACCCUUGACCUUUUGACUUACAAUGAUCUGGAAUUACUACGAAACAGAAAAAUCGGUGUCAACUCACGACAUAUUCCAGCUUCCAAAUCCUCUGCACUAAAUACAAAACGCUAUCUCAUACUGAUCUACUCUGUGGAGUUUGACAGGAUACACUAUCCCCUUCCACUGCCUUAUGUGGGGAAGCCUGAUCCUGCAGUCCUGCAGAAGGUGAUUCGAGAACUGAAGGAGGAGCUGUCUGCGUUAAAAUCUAGACAAGGAAAGGAUUACAGAGAUGCAGAAAUUCGUAGACUUCGUGCUGAGUUAGAAAAGAUAACACAAGAGAAGCAGGAUCUAGAGGUCACUUUUCUACACCUCCAAGAUGAAGUUAAACUUUCAAAAAAGAACAGUGCCUUAAAGGAAGUAAAAAUACUUAAAAAGAUUGUCCAGAGUUUGGAGGAAGAGCUAAUUAAGGAGAGGACGAAGCAUCAGAGGUCAACAAGUAAACGAAGCCAAGAGUACAGCCAAGUUAUCGAUGAGUUAGAAGAAGUUAAAGCAUCAGAGAGGAAUCUGAAAAUCCGAGUCAAGAGUUUGACCAAUGAGCUGGUUUUGUACAAAAAGGGGAGGUUAACCCCUGUUGGACCCUCACCCCAAUGCCGUUCUAAUUCUGCUCUUAAUGCUGGUCAACCAAGCCAGACACGUACAAAUUCAGCAAGAAAAAGAAAGGAUGAUAGGAGGUCUUCAUCACAGGAUCGCAGUGGACUUUGGUCAGAUACUAGAGAGCGUUCAGUUUCUAGAGAGAGAAAUGGCCACUGGUCAACAGGAAGGGAGAGGUCUUCAUCCAGAGAGAGUCGAAGUGGGAGCCAGCCUCGAAUUCCUAUGCAGUCACCUUCUCCAGCAGGUACAAGGGCGCCAAGGUUUGAUCCUACUGCCUAUGUGAAAGAUAAACAGCGGAAACAGAAGGAUGUCAAACAGAAAAUCACAAGGAAAAUAGAACGGGAUAUUCGAUGCUCUCCAGCAAGCACAGAAAGAGGACGGUCCAAUUCUCGCAGAGCUAAACCAAUCCGUGGAAGAAGACACACAGGACUAAAGCGUAAUUCGUCAGUGGAAAGUGGCAAAAGCAGACGUUCCUCAGCAAGCUCUACUAGCGAAUUUGAAGAUCUCUCUGAGCCAGCCAGAUUAAGUGAAGGCCAGAGAGAGAGAAGAGCUGGACGAGUGCUUGGAACAAAUCUGUGGCACAAUCCCAACAUGCAGUGCAGAAAUGACGCUACUUCAAGGAAGCGGAUAUCAAGUACUCCUACCAAAAGCAGACAAGCAAAUAAAGAAAACCUUUUUGACCCUUCCGCAGACCUGUCUGAGAUUGAUGCACGGUUACAAGCAUUGCAGGAAUAUAUGAAAACCCUGGACACCAGAACAUAACCCAUAUAAAAGAACAAUAUGAAGGAACAAUAACAAUAUUAUUUUCACUGUGUGCAUCACUGAGACAGGAUUAUGAAGGCUGGCUUGUUUCCUUUUCUGUAGGAGUUUCAAAAGCUGGUUUAGUAGACAUGGUCCAAAGAAAUAAAUUGGCAAAGACAUUGCACGAAAAUACAAAUUCCUGGAUUUUGACUGAGCAGAAAAUGGCAUUUUAAAUCCAUUUGUUUGUAGACCUUUGAGCCUCAAAGAACAUGCACUUUGUAUUUAUUCAUUCCACAAUUCAGUUCUGCAGCUCACUGAAGCUAGGCUUAACUUAAAGCAAAUGGUUGUGUCUGGUGCUGAUUAACAGGUCACUUUUUUUCUUCUCUUUUUCUUUGAGAGAACUUAAUCAUUGAACAUUUCCUUGAGCAUUUAAGCAAGUUUUUUUUUUACUUAGUAUGUGGUCAAAAUGGCAUUUUUUUCAAGAAACAUUUGUAAUAGAAAUAUCUUAAAUGUUCUAAAGUUUUGUUCCCUUGAACCUUAUUAAUGAAUGUGGUUAGAUAUUUUGAUAAACUAAAGAAUAUUCCUUAUUUUAAUAAUUUUUUAAAUCAGUUCUGUUGAGAACAAUGAUAUUGCAGUCAGACUUUUAGAACGUUUUUAGAACAAAUUCUAUAAGGGACACCUGUUUUUACAUUAUUAGACAGUUGGUUUCAUUGUGACCAUAAUGGUGUAUUCAGUCUUAACACUUCUUGGGCCAAAGCCUAGAAGGGUGAAAAUAUGUUACCUUUCCAGGAAUGAGUAAUGCUCAGUUUAAAAGGAGGUUGUGUAUCUGGCUUAAUGGAAAGGCUUAAAGUUGUUUUAACAAGUCUUAUUGCUGUGCAUUGGCUUUGAUGUAUUGGAGCAUUUGUGAAGUAACUGUCUGUGGUGCUAAGUACUUUCUUAAUGAAGAUGAAAUAGAAACUCCUAAACCAGAAGUAGACUGCUUUAGCUCCUGGUGCUAAAGUAUUAAACCUUCCAUUCAAGAACAGUAUUUUACAUUAAAACACACACAUCAGCACCAACCCCCUUUUCUCUUAUUUGUUUUUUGUAUAUGGUAGCAAGGUUUCACAUUAAUAGUGACCAUUACCCAGAUCUAGUUCAGUAUUUAUUUUCUUUGGCUGGGAAUUUGGAAGCAUUGAUUGUGGUUUAAGAAGAGGCAGAUGGCUCUUUUUACCCAUAUUUAAUGCAUUAUGUUCUUUACAUAGACAGGUCCAUGUUAUAGAAGGAUAAAGACCGCAUAUGGCCCAGACAUCCCAGGUUUAGUUAGUAGUCCCGCUGCUGGAGAAGCUGGUAGGGGAGGUGAUAAGGUAGUUCCUGUUUAUUUGUCAGGAGUGGGGCACACAAUCCCAGGGUGUACACUCCAUGCUAGAAUUCCUGGAGAUGACUGUAUAUCCCUAGGAGGCACUUGUUUGUGAAUGGAACAGGGACGUCUGAAGGGUUAUAUCACCCACAACAUUUUGCGACAUUUCCUCACAGAAGCCUGAUGCACACAGAACUCCUUCAGUGUUUUUGGUAUGUGCAGUGGGAAUGGUUAAGUGCACCGCAGUCAUCGUUUGUCCACUGAGGGGACAAAUGGGCAUAGUUGCUUCAGUUGGCCCAUAGUGUUGGGGCGAGGGGGAGGGCAGAGAUAGUUGAUAAUCUGUGUAUCUUUAGUGAUGCAGUACAAGAUGAUAUAUUAUAGUAGAAGUGAGACAGUACUUCUUUGUUCUGUGUAGCAAGGUGUCAUUGCAUAUUGUGUUGUAAGUUAUUGUAGUACUUGAAGAACACAUGGCUCGGAAAUUUGUUGAUAGCAUUCUAACCUGUUGUAGUACUGUGUGCAUUCUGAACACUUCAAUGCAUUUAUGGUUUAAAAUUCAUAUUUUGCUCCAUAUCUAACUACUCACUAAUGUGUUGUUAAUUUAAUUCAGAACAUUUGGUUAUAGAACUGCAUAACAGAGUGUCACUUUUUCCUCAAGGACAGGUGCAUGCUACUUCUGUUUAAAAGCCGUAUAUUAACAGCCAAGCAGCACUUAGCAUCCAUAUGCAUUUUGUAGUUUGCAUACCAGAAUAGCUCUUUCAGGCUUUGAUCUUGAAAUUAAUAUACAGUAUCAUUGGUAACAGUUUGUAAUGCAUAUUUGCCGCUGUUUUUUAACCUUCUUUAUAUUCUUUCUGGCAUCAGUCAAGGAAUUAACGUAAUAAUUAAAGUCUGAUUGUUUUAACAAAGUGUGUUUAUCAGUGAUGCAUUGAAGUAGAAUUGUUUAUUAACAGUUAAGUUACAUAUGGCAAAUAGUAUAUUGGCAGAAUCCAGAUAAUUCUUAAGCAAGCCUUCAUAGAGUUGUAGUACACAGGGUCUGUAAAUAGACUACUUCAUAACCUUUGAGAGUCUUGCAAAAAGCCUUAAUUGUGAAAUUAACAUGCUUUAAACUGCAUUAGUUUCUGUCUCACAGCUGGUAAAGUGAAAAUUUAAUUAGUUUUCCCCAUUCUUGUAUCUCCUCAUUGUGAAUGGGUUUUCUGUAAUUGCUACUUUUUCUUGAUGCUUAUUCCAUUUCUUUGUGGUUCGGGCCCAGUACAGAAAGCACUCUGGGUAAAACUUAAAUUGUAAUCUUUAUAAUAGUGAUGUUUAUAGUAUUAGAAGCCCUAAGGCAUGUACCUCAUCAGUUCUAAUGGUAGUAAGCACAGUCUGAACUUAAGCCUACAACCCAGUGUAGGCGUUCUUGGCCAUCACAGAAUGUGCCAUAGAUAUGUAGCAGUCAACUUUAAGUUUGGUCACUGAGAGUCUUCAUAUGUUUACAUCAGUCUAAGUGAUUAAGAGACCUUCUGUUUGUAUUAUUAGACUUUAAUCGUAAGGAACAUUGCUGUAAGGAUUUAUUGUAUGAUUGGGAUAUGGCUGUUGGCAGAUAUCAGUACCACUGCUUAUCUUUUUCUAUAUUCAUACAUAACCUAGGGGGUGCAAGGAAGCACUUCUCAUGCCAUGGCUUUUGUGGAGCAUAGCAAUGACUUAAAAAUAAAAAUGUAUCAUCUACCUUAUCCAGUUAUUUUUGUUUCCCGAAGGUCUAACGGUCCAUCUUGUUUGCUUCACCACUUCAUUUAGCAACACCUGGGCCUUGAUCUGUGGUAGUUCUAAGUACAACUUUUUUAUCUGUUGUAGGCAUGUAUGGUGCUUUGUUUUUGUACAGAUUGUAAUGAUCUCCCAAGACAAAAUUACCAGUAAAUUGUCCUCCAAACAUUAGAUUUCUCCAGAAAACUUCCAUCUUUAGUAGCUUUUUUUUUUUCCAGAGGCAAAUCAUGCUAUUGGUAAUUGUGGACAUUAUGCCAAGUUCAACAGAAAAAAAGCCUUUAGGUAGAUCUAAGAAUUUACAAACCUUUCUGGAACAUAACCCUAUUUUUGUAACUUAAGGCUGCCUGCAGAAAUGUUGUGCUUAAUUAGAGGAUGAUUGGGAAAGCAUAAUUUCAGAUGUGGUGUUGAAGGUGGGUAUGUGAUUGCAUUGUGCCCCCACUCUGUAACUAGUAGACCCCCAACAGAAUCUUAACAGCGGUCCUGGUCAUAAUACUUUUACCUUUUUGCUCUUCUGAAUAACUUU